AUGGCCGCUUCAAGAUUUGGAGAGAGCCAACGACAUGGCGCCCACACCAUCAACGACGCUACAUUCGACGCCGAUGAAGCCGAAGAGGAGGAAUAUGGCUUGCUAGUUCAAUACCCCGAAAACAUUGACUACUAUAGCAUACUCGGAGUCCCGCGAGAACCGCCUCCCACUGACAGCCAGCUACGCUCUGCAUACCAUCAUUUGACGUUGAGUUUCCACCCGGACAAGCAGCCGGCGCAUUUAGUCCAGGCAGCUCAGGCACAAUUUAGGCGCAUCCAAGACGCCUAUGAGACGCUUAUUGAUCCCAAAAAGCGAAUUGUCUAUGAUCUUGAAGGCGAGGAGGGCGUGAAGCGAGAAUGGGGCGCAACUGGAUCUAUGGGAAGUAGGAGGGCACAAAUUCAGAAUGGGCAUUCUGCGCAAGUUGGUCCUAGAACAAUGUCGCCGACUGAGUUUCGACGGUGGUUUCUUGCGAAAAUGAAGGCAAGGGAGAGGGAGGCUUUGGACUCUUUGGUUGGUGCUAGGGGAAGCAUGUCUAUUGGAAUCGAUGCAUCUUCUUUAGUCUCGCCUGGCGAAGAGGAAGGCUAUGUGCAGCUUAACAUGCCAACUGUACGCCCUAGUCGAUACGGUCUUGGAUAUGCAUUCAAGACAACCCUACCGGAUUUCUCGGGUCUUUGGGCAUGGGUAUCUGGCAACCAGGGUGAUGUUGAAGGGGAACCGUUACCAGAAGAUGCAAAACCAGAGUUACCUGAGGUCACCUUCCAAACUUCCAUUUCCGGUGCAGUACGAAAGACGAACCAGAAGAUUCAGGUGGAGCGCGAAGACGGAACAUCGGAAAUUAUUAAGGUUGACGGUCCAUCUAUCUUGGGCGCAGCAACAUUCAGCUUGAACGCCAAUAUCAGCCACCAAAUCACAGGCGUUGGGCUACGGGCAGGUCCUCAUUCCAAGCUGUGGUCUUUUCUCAAUGGAGUCCUAAUUGGUGGCAACGUUGAUAUCCUCCCAUCUCAAGGGCUUGCAGUGUACAUGUCAAAACAAGUGUCUCCGUUUCCCCACAGCAAGCCAUUUACUGUCACCGUCACCAGUACCAUGCCAUCUAAUCCAAGUCAACACAUGCCGGUUGUGUCGGCAUCUGUGGCAAGGCGAUUCGGCGUCCGCAAAUUCGGUUCUCUGACGUACUCAAGUGGGUUGCAUAUGUGGCCGUCUUUUGUGCAAAGCAUGUAUUCAUCUUACACGGACACAUCGCCUGACCCGAAAGAACUUUUCUUACUGGCUAGUCAACCUAGCUCGUUGCAGCUUAAGUACACCACUAUGCCCGAUGCCAUGACCGCAGAAGAAGCCGAAGAACUUGACCACCCGAACCCACCAACAAAAAAAGAGCUAUGGCAGUGGAUUGUCUCUGCUUCUCCACACGGUGGCAGUUUGAGUUUGCAAUAUGCACGUACUCUAUUUGCCGAUAAAAUCGAAGACCCGCCGCGCUCAGAAUGGAAUCUAGACGGCUACCACCCAUCUAUGUUCUCACAAAGUCGUCGUGGUGUGCGAAUCGAGGCCGAGGUGACCGCUUCUCUUGACGGCGGAAUGGCAUGGAGCAUUUCUGGACUUCGGCGAGUUGGCGAAGUUUCCAGUAUAGGAUUGGGUUUAAGUGUUCGGGAUGCGCGCGGCUUGGUCAUGGCCCUUACCUGGCGUCGUUUGGGACAGACCAUCAGAGUACCCAUUGCGAUUUGCCCCGUCGAUCUCGUGGAUGCUGAAUUGUCCGUUUGGGCUGUCAUGGUUCCCUGGCUUGCCUACGUGGGAGUCGAAUUUGGUUACAUCCGUCCUCGAGAAAGGCGCCUACGACGUGAAGCAAUCAUUCGAAAACGAAAGCUUCUAAAAUCUCAGAUUGCGGCGCGAAAAAAAGAAAGUGAACAGCAAAUAGAGAUGAUGAAGGAGCACAUUGGACGACGCCAACUGCGUGAAAGGUCCCAGGGCGGACUAUAUAUAACGAAAGCUGAGUAUGGAUAUCGAGCGCCAGAGAGCCCAGGGUGCGUUGGUGAGCGGGCAGAGUCUAAACUCAUUGAUGUGACAAUUCCCGUGGCCGCGCGAGUAGACAAAGGCCAGCUUUUUAUAUCGAAAAAUACUAGUCGGUUCCAAAUCAUCGGCUUCUACGAUCCAGCUCCUCUACUACCCAAGAUAUUAAGGAUAUGGUAUCUCUUCCGCGAUCAGAUCCAUUACGUUGAAGCCAAAGAUGGAGAAGAAGACAUUGCGAUUCCGCGGAGGGAGCAUAGAGACCCUGGUGGAGACGACAUCCAAAUAUCCUCUCUAGGAGCUGCAGUUGGUCAAUUCUCAAAAUCUCGAAUAACAGAUCUGAAGCAAAGCAAAGACGAGGACAGGGGACAAGAGGGGGGAAAAUACACAAUGUGUUUUUGUUUUCCCUCGAAAAGCUACGUUCUAGAGCCAUAUCCCCCCAAACGGCAGUGGAGAUAUGUGCGCCAGCGAGUUGGCACGAGGAUAGUGGCGAGGCAUAUUGAGCAUGGGACAAAUGUUCUUGGCAAGACUUUCGAGAACAGGCGUUCGACGACUGCAACGCUGCCGCUUACAGUGUCGUGCCGUGACUCAAACACGAAUAAUCAUUCGACAGAGGCGUGUCGUAAUGACACUGCGACGUCAACAGAUGGAGGCUACAGCGAAAACAAAAAACAAGGAGGGGAAGGGGGAAAUAAAGCUGAGGCAGAGGAAGCCAACACUGCGCAGACGAAUAAUAAUGCCAAUCAAAAGCCCACUGAUACUAGCAACAAGAGCAAAAAGAAGAGCAAGAAUGCAGCAAAAGAAAGCAAUGAUAAUGGCAACAACAAUGAUAGUUCCCAGUCGAGAAAUUCUGGGAAGGGUGAUGAGAAUUCUAGAAAUGAUGCAAGCUCAUCUAAUCAAGACUUGAAAAGUGAAAACGCCAGCGAAGAAGGCGAUAACAACAAGAAUGAUAAAUCAGGAAAUACAAGCAAUGAUCAGCCAAAGAAGGAAGAAUCCACCAAGUCUAAUAACCAGAAAGGCAAAAAGGGCAAGGGUGAAGGUGGCAACAACAAGAAUAAUAACAAUAAGAAGAACCAAAAAGGCUCCACCGCACAAGAGUCGUCCACGAAACCUGAUGCUGAGCAGUCCGAAUCUUCCAACGCGCCUCCUGAUCAGAGUGAGAACAGCAAGGACAACGACAAACCCCAAAUUUCAGCUACGAAUGAUGAGAACAACAAGAAGAAGGUGACCUUUACAGACGCCCCUACAGAAUGGGCAGUGAGUACCCCUGAUGAAUGGGGAGCGAGUGUCACUGCAACGGAGAGUGACAAGAAAGAGGGCGAUUCGAGCAUUCAAACUCAGGAUACAAGCACCAACAACGAUGCUCCUUUUACUGACUUCUUCAAUUCUGGAGAUUCAGAACAACCCAGCACUGAGAAUACAGGUGAAAAGCCUGGUGGUGGAGAGACGUCCUGGUUUUCUCCCGAUGCUGAUUCCUCCUGGCGAAAUAACAAUGAAACUGAAAACGUCGGAGAUGCUGGAAAUGCCAGUAGUAGCGAAUGGGCCAAUGGAACAAGGGAGUCUAACAACAGUUCUGCAGAGGCUACCAGUGAGUGGGAUAAUGGGGCAGCUACGACUACAACUACUGAUACAUGGAAUGGACAAACCACCGAAAAUUCCAAUGUUGAUUCCUGGCAGGACGAGCAGACCGAGGUUGGAGCAGCUGCACCUCAAAAGGAAAAGCAACUGGAUGACUCUAGAGAGCCUAGGGUAAAUAACGACAAAGUCAUGGAAUUCUGGGUUCACGAGUCCAAUGGUUCCUGGUCAUUGAAGACUGGGAAAGAAAUACGAGACAACUGCCAGCCAGGAGAGUGGAAGCAAGACGAUGCAGGCUUUCCAUAUUUUGAACGGAAAACAGAGAAUCCAACUUCUACGUGGGAUGGGCAGCAUAGUGAUGAUGCACCGAAAGCAAUGGUGCUUGAUGUACAGUGGUAA